CUAAAGAGGCUUGUAUUCACGCCAGAAGAAUUUGGAUGCCUGGGACAUCUCUGGAUCUACUGUAGUAGUAGCAUACACAGUUCAAAAAGGUCUCCGAAUAGGCAGCCAUGGUAGUGAAACCGCGCAGCAGACGACUCGGACGAAAAGUCUGGGCAAAAGAAGAAAAGGGUCCACUUGACCCAGGGACAAGAAAACGAACUUUGAUCCAUCGCCUCAACGUUAAAACUUGCAUGAUCGGGCGAAACAUCUGGGCUGCGAUGACAACCAAGACAUCUCGCCCUGUUACGUGAUUUGGCUCCUCCAGAGUGCGGUGGUGCCCAGUAAUCUCCAAUUGAGAAUUGUUCAACCCGGUGAAAACGGGUCUGGAGCAAUCAAGGUUAUCUUAUCGCCGGCACUGAUUUGCGCGGGGCUUCUCCAACAAACAGAAAAUGUCGGCCAGCUCCACAGUCCGAGGACGCCGGACUCAUCGCAAGUCACGUAACGGGUGCCAGCAAUGUAAGCACCGGAAAGUCAAGUGUGGCGAGGAAAAGCCGACGUGCGACAACUGCAUGCGCCAUGGCGUACGGUGUUCCUUUGCGGUCUCGACGCGAAUGGCCGAAACCGCUUCCUCAUUGACCGAAGCCACCUCCGCAUCGAGUCGCAACUCGACGCCCAACUCCAGCGGCAGACGGAGUCCACCCGUCGGAUCCCCCGAUGACACCGCAACCAGCAGCCUACCCCAGCCACCCUCCUCAACCGGUACCUCAGACCUCGCCAUCGCCGACCUCGAGCUCCUCCACCACUACACCACCUCAACCGCGUACACCUUCUCCGCCAACCCGGCCCUGCAGACGCUGUGGCGCGUCGAAGUCCCCAAGGUCGGCUUCACCGCCCCGUACACCCUGCGGGCGAUCCUCGCGCUCUCCGCGCUACACCUCGCGAGCCUCCGCCCGGGACACAAAGACCACUACCUCGGCCUGGCCAGCACGCACCACGACGCAGCCCUGCGCCUGGCCACCCCGGCCAUCGCCCAGCUGACCCCGACCAACGCGACGCCGCUCUUUCUCUUCUCGGCGCUCUCCUCCUUCAUCUGCUGCGCCAAGCCGCUCAAACUCGGCAACUUCCUGCUGUGGGAAGGCCACGAAAUCGCCAACUGGCUCCUUCUCAUCAAAGGGACGGGCACAAUCGUCGCCGUCGCUGAGGACACCCUCAAGAACGGACCCCUCGGCCUGCUCUUCAGCGUGCACCGCCGACCGCGCGCCCACGAUUUCGACGACGCGGCCGCCACGCAGCACGCCUUCCUCGAGGACCUGCGGCGGUUUAUUCUCUCCGAGCCCCACGAUGACCCCCACGCCAAGGCCAUCUACUCCGAGGCCAUCGACCACAUGAGCCACUGCUUCACCCUGUGUCGCGAGAAGGGGUGGCGGCUGGAGACGGCCGACGUGUUCAUGUGGCUGCUGCGCGUGCCGCAUGAUUUCCUGCUCGCGCUCAAGGAGUACCAGCCGCCGGCGAUGGUGAUCGUCGGGUACUUCUGUGUGCUCAUGCACCAGCUCGAGUGGAUCUGGUGCAUGCGCGGCUGGGGCACGCACAUCCUCUCCCAGAUUUAUGAGCAGGUGCCUGGUCCUGUGUACCGGGCGUGGUUGCAGUGGCCGAUGGAGCAGAUUGGGGUGUUGUCGGGGAGAUGAGGGUGGUGUUCUGGUGGGUGGGGGUGGAACGUGAUAGAUAGGGCUGGUCCGGGCUCGUGACUUGACUUUGAUGCCGACCGAGCAAUUUAUAAAGGUUCCCCGUGCCGGGGUGCAUCACACAUUGGCAGCGUUAAGGCAUUUUCAUCUUCUUCUCCUGAGCCUAGGCAUCCUUCUGUAGAUUGAAGAUAAGACCUAUUUCGGAG